AUGAUAUUUGAUGAAACAGUAAGAUUAAAUGGUCAAUUAUCAAAUUGUAUUGUUUUAACUGGUAAAUCAAAUGAAAAAUUUAAAUGUAUUCAAUGUAAAAAACGAUAUUAUUUAAAUUCAAAUAAAGAAUGUCAAGUUGGUUCACAUUGUAAUAAAAUAAAUAAUCAAAGUCAUUGUAUUGAAUGUGAAAAAGGAUAUUAUUUAAAUUCAAAUAAAGAAUGUCAACCAUUACCAGAUAAUUGUAUUGUAGUAUAUAAAACAUAUUGUUAUCAAUGUAAAGAAGGAUAUAUUAAAGAAAAAGGAGAAUGUAAAGAAAUUGAUAAUAAAUGUAAUAAAUCAGAAAGAAAUUAUUGUUUAAAAUGUUCAAAUGGAUAUAAAAUAGAAAAUAAUCAAUGUAAUGGAGAUAAAGAAGAUCAAUGUUAUUAUGAAGGAAAUAAAUGUGUAUCAUGUUCAAAUGGAUAUACAUUAAACAAUAAAAAAUGUUCAAAUAAAGAAAAUCAAAAUGGAAAGAAUGAAGAAAUAUAUUGUGAAAAUGGAAAAUACAUCAAUAAUAAUAAAUGUAUAGAAUGUUCAAAAUCAGAAAUAUGUAAAACAAAUGAUAUUGAAAUAAAAUGUAAAUAUGAAGAAUAUUUAGAUAAUAAUAAAUGUAUAAAUAAAACAUGUGAAGAAGAUAUGAUAAAAGAUCAAAAUGGAAAAUGUAAUAAUAAUAUUUCAUAUUGUUUAAAUAAAUCAUAUGUUAAUGGAAAAUGUGUUGAAUGUUUAAAUACAUAUUCACCUAAUUUGAAGGGAGAAUGUAUUAAUACAACAAUAGAAUAUUGUGAAGAACAAAAUACAUAUGGAUGUAAAAGAUGUAAAGAAGGAUAUUAUUUAACAAAAGACAUGAAAUGUUUAAAAUGUGAUGAUAAAUGUGAAACAUGUUAUGGAACAUCUACAUAUUGUAUGAGUUGUUCUAAUGAUAAAUAUUUAAGAAAUGAUAAAACAUGUCAAUCAAAUGAAGAAUUAAAUGGAACAUGUUUACAAAUAUUAGCAGAUGGAAGUGGAUGUGGAAUAUGUCAUAAAGGAUAUUAUAGAAAUGGGAAAGGAUGUUCAAAAUGUGAAAAAGAAUGUUUAACAUGUAAUCAAAAAGAUAAAUGUAUAAAAUGUGGAGAAGGAUAUUUUAUGAGUUCAACAGGAAUAUGUAAAUCAACAACAACAAUUAAAGGAUGUAAAGGAGAAAUAGAUAAAGAAUAUGGAUGUAGAGAAUGUUUAACAGGAUAUUAUUUAAUAAAUAAAGAAUGUUCAAAAUGUGGAAAUAAAUGUAUAACAUGUUUAAAUGAGAAAGAAUGUAAUAAAUGUGAAGAAGAAUAUAUAACAAUAAAUAAAGAAUGUAUUCAUUAUUCAAAUAUUAAUAAAUGUAAAGAAACAAAAAAUAAUAAAUGUUCAAAAUGUUCAUUUUGGUAUGGAAACAAUGAAGAAGGAACAAAAUGUAAUAAAGAAAUUGUAUGGUGGAUGAUAAUGAUAAUUAUCAUCAUUAUACUUAUUAUCAUCAUUAUAAUAAUUAUAAUUAUAAUAAUAAUGAUUAAUUACAUUAUAAAACGCAAAGAAAAGAAAGAACAAGAGAAAACAACAACAAUAUUUAAAAUUUCACAAUCAAAUAUCAAAUUCAUAUCACUUGGAGAUGGAAUAAUAACAAAUAAAAAAGAAAUAGAAAUAGGAGAAGGAGAAGAAAUUGAAAAAGAAGAAAAUGAAAAAUAUUCAAUUAGAACAAACCCAAAUAUCAUUACAAUUGAAGGAGGAUAUGCAUGUGAAUUUGAAAUAUUUAUUACAAUCAAAUGUACUACUAAAAUUAAAGAACAAAUAAUGAUAAUUAGUAAAACACUUAAUAAAACACAAGAAGAAAUAAUUAAAAGUAUUUCAAUUAAAGGAGAAACACAAAUAUCAACACGACUUGAUCCCGAUGAAAUUAAAGAAGAACAUAAAAUAGGAGAAGGAUCAUUUGGAAUUGUAUAUAUCGGAGAAUUUAGAGGGAAUCAAGUAGCAAUUAAGAAAAUGAAACAAAUUGAUAAAGAUGAAAAUAAAAUGAAAGAAUUUGAGAAAGAAGUAAUGAUGUUAGAUAAAUUUCGAAGUGAAUAUAUCAUUCAUUUUUAUGGAGCAGUAUUUAUUCCUAAUAAAAUAUGUAUGAUAACAGAAUAUGCAAAAUAUGGAUCAAUACAAGAUUUAAUUAAUAAAAGAACAAACACGGAAAUACCAAAUAAAAUAAGAAUUAAAUUCAUGAUAGAUGGAGCAAAAGGAAUUUCAUAUCUUCAUUCAAAUGGAAUACUACAUCGAGAUAUUAAACCAGAUAAUUUUCUUGUUAUAACACUUGAUGAUAAUAUUGGAGUUAAUUGUAAAUUAACAGAUUUUGGAAGUUCAAGAAACAUUAAUAUGAUGAUAACAAAUAUAACAUUCACAAAAGGGGUAAGAACACCAAAAUACAUGGCACUACAUGUCAAUUCAUUUUCAGUAGUAGUGUUAGAAAAAUACUGA